GUACUUAUUGCUCUUCUGAAUAUGAAGCCGCUAUGGACGAAAUUGAAAUUGCCAAUCAAGGUGAACAUUAUGAUCAAGUCGACAUGAAAUUAACAGAGGAGCAACGUGCAACCUUCAGAUCUAUGAACAGCAAAAGUCGAAACAAAAGAUCAUUAUAUGAUAAAUUAUACGACGUUAGAUGGCCUGAAGCUGUAGUUCCCGUUACUUUUAGUUCCAAGUUCAGUGAGGCAGAAAAAGUAACAAUAAACAAAGCCAUGAGGACGAUCGAAAGUGUUUCUUGUGUUCGAUUUAAGGAAUACCCAUCCAACUCUGCUCCAUCCAAUUUUAUAUAUUUCUAUAAAGGGAGAGGUUGCUCGUCAUACAUUGGUCGAAUUAAUGGACGUCAAGAAUUGUCGUUGGGUUCUGGAUGUGUCCAUGCGGAUACUGUCAUUCACGAGCUUUUGCAUGCUCUUGGCUUCUUUCACGAACAAUCGAGACAAGAUAGAGAUCAAUAUGUUACUAUCAAGACAGAAAAUAUUCAACAAGGUACUUUUAGUGAUAUUUACUAUAUAUUGCUUUAUAUUUUUGUACAACAAUUUUGUUUAACAUUAUUCAUUUUUUUUUUGCUUAAAGGUAAGCAAAAUAACUUUGACAUCUCUGUAUAUUCUUACAAAGACGGAUUGGGUGUUAAAUACGAUCCUGAAUCCAUCAUGCACUAUGGAAGAUUCACUUUCUCAAAAAAUCGAUGGAGUUUGCCAACUAUUGAGUGGAAAUCCAAUCCAAACCGAAAGUUAGGAGGAAAAAAAUUGACUGCGUCAGAUAUCCUGCAGUUAAAUCUCUACUACGAAUGUAAAGGUUAUGCGAAAACAACACGCCCAACAGCUAUCACGAAAACAACCACACGUCCUAUGACCACCACGACGACAACAACACGUCCAACGACUACCACGACGACAACUACACGUCCUACGACUACCACGACGACAACAACACGUCCAACAACUACCACGACGACAACCACACGUCCAACGACUACCACGACGACAACUACACGUCCUACGACUACCACGACGACAAAAACACGUCCAACAACUAAAACAAAGACGGCACAACCAACAACGACCAUAAAGACGACACCUAAGGCGAUGACCACAAUAAGACCAACAACAAAAUCUUCAAAAGUAUGUGGAGAUGAAAUUUACUUAUGUUCGAAAGUAUUUGUAAACCGAGCUAUCUGUGCAUUUGGAAGAUUUUGCAGACGGUCGUGUGGAUUAUGUUCAGGUCCAAGAGAAAACAUGUGUGAUAAUUUCGUCAAUGCAAUAAAUGUUGGUUGUAAAAGUAGCAGAAGAAAGGAACACUGCGUAUCGAAGGAUAAGAGAGAAAGAAGAAGGAUGAAGCAAGAAUGUCCAAAAACAUGCUGCAUGCGUGGACAGUUUUAUGAGUGAAAAAACGUUUCAUAAAUAUAUGUAUUGGUUAUUA